AUGAGAAAGCAAGGGAAAAGGGAGCUCGGGGAAAGCCCCAAGGUGCUUGAUAAUUAUGUACUCCGUACAAGCGGGGCACCUGGAACCCGGUUUGCGGCAUUGGAGCUCAUCCGUGAGCUGAGGCCACGGAGAUGCGGUACUGAAGCCUUACCGGUAAUAUAUGUCAGGCAGCAUGGUAGUAUCAUUUUUUAUUCGGCUUUCCUAUCUUCCACGGAAGAGAACGAGUCUAACCCGCCCCGCACGUUCUUAUUCACGCUUUGGCAUGCAGCAGCCAGUGCCAGCCAUGUCUAUAUCAACAAUUUCAUGGACAGAUCCAAUAACGCUAUUAGUGACCAUAACAAUCGCCAGGCAAUUAUAAUGCCUCGGCCUUAUGCUCUCAACACGGAACUAUUUCUAGUUGCGGUGACUGUUCGCGCAUACUAUCGGAUAUGCAAUGACAAGAAGCCGUUAUUGUGUACAUGUUACUCCCGACAACGUCUGAAGUGGAAGUUGUUUGCCACUUCGCAUGUCGCAAGACAUACCACAAAGGGCCCUGCAGCGCUAUUAGGAAAGCGAGAGCCUCUGCUACCCAUCGUGACACACUUCGGGCACUGUGCUCCGCAGCAAGCUGUGGUUGUGCCGAGCAGGAUGGCUGGAGUGAUGGCUGUCGGCGAUGGUGGUGCUACUUUUGUCCAUUUUCGUAUCGAAGACGGCCAGUCGGAGAAAUAUUAUCAACGAGAUGAGGUGAUACAGGCUGAGCAGAUCAUUUAUUGGCCGUGA